CCUGCAGCUCUGUUCUCCAGACAGCCAGGGGUUAUGCCAAGCCUGUGAGGAGGAAGAGGAAAGACAUCCCCAGCCACCUGGAUGACCUUCCCCCCACCAUGCUGAAGAAGGAUUAUGCCAAUGUCCCAAUCGUGGCCAGUGUGGAUGAUGUGGUGAAAAGGCUCUUGUCCUUGGAAAUGGCAAGUCAGAGGGAGAAGGUGAAGGUAAAGACACAGCAGCUGGUGGAGAAGGUCAGGAGGUCUCCCAACGACAGUGGCUCCUUCGAGGUGCAAGUUGCUAUUUUGACUGCCAGGAUCCGCACGCUCGAGGAGCAUCUCCAGAGGCAUCCCAAGGACAAGAGCAACCGCCGGCAGAUGCUGAUGGCCGUGGACCGGCGCAGGAAGCUGCUGAGCUACCUGCGGCGUGUGAGGUACAGCACCUUUGAGAACACCUGCAAACAGCUGGACAUCCAGUACAGCCCGCCCCUGGCGUACAGGCGCCGCGUCACCAAGCGCUGGGCCGUCAAGAAGGCUUUCUGCAUCAAGGUGUUCCAGGAGAAGCAGAAGCUGCUAGCACCAGAGAGGCUGAAGCAGAGGAGAGAGUGGCGGGCGAGA